AUGUCUGUGGUUGAUGUACGACAUGUUGUGGCUGUGGUGAGUAAAUCGGAAGAUGCAACAGUUUUAGUGGAUGCUUUGCCUUAUCUUGAUUCGGAUUAUACAGAAUCCGACCGACAAAUGGCAAUGCAGCUGAUAGAAGAUGAAUGCCGAGUUUUGCGUCCAGUUAAAAAUUAUUUGCAAAAUAUGUCACCUCCUGAUUUUGAUGUGUUUCUGACACCUUGUUUGAUUAAAGAACAUAUCAGGAUGUCCAAAAAGCAAGAAAUGCCAAAACUAGAUAUGUCACGAUAUGAAUUAUCGUGUCCAUCAACAACAGGACGGCAGGGUGAUAAAACCUCAUGGAGAAAAGCACCAACAAUAGUGGUUCAGGCUAUUCGUAAUGCAGCUGCUCAAAAUGAGCAUUUAUUACUUCGUAAUAUCAAUUUACAACUGAUGGACGAGCAUGCACCACCUGUUUACCUGCGAUAUAACAAAGAAUUGGAAGCUAUGCUGCACUGUGAAGAGAAAGAAUUAAGGAAGCUCCGAGAAGAGGUAAUGGAAAUUCAUUCGAGAAGGCGAAAAAGUCAGUUGGAAGCGGGAUUAAAACUAAAAGAUCUGGAGCAAAACUGGGUGCAAAUGGUCACCAAAAAUUAUAAAAUGGAGCUUGCUUGCCAGGAGCUAGCAGCAGAUAAUGAGGUAUUGGCCAAGAAAGCGAAAUUAAUUUCAUAG